GUCAAAAUAGCACGAGAGAGAGAGAGCUACCACCACACACGACACCUCAACCCCCACGACUCCUCCUCACCAUCACGCGCCUCGUCGUCUCUCUCCCUCUCGAAUAGUCACAGCUACACACAGCAAGCAGCACAGCCAUGCGCUCCUUCCUGCCCGCGCUCUCGCUGGCGGCCGCGACGCUGCUCGUCCCCGUGCAAUCGCUGUACUUCUACAUUGAGGGCACGAACCCGAAGUGUUUCUUUGAGCGGCUGCCGAAGGAUACGUUGGUCGUUGGACAGUAUAAGGCUGAGGAGUUUAAUCUGGAUCAGAAUAGAUAUGUGAAGAAUGAUAACCUGAAUAUCUUCAUCUCAGUCGAGGAAGUCUUCGACAACGACCACCGCAUCGUCUCCAGCCGCGGCCAAUCCAGCGGCAAGAUCACCUUCACCUCCGCCGACUCCGGCGACCACAGGAUCUGCUUCACCCCCUCGCACUCAACGGGCCACUCCGGCUGGCUCGGCGGCCAAUCGCUCGGCGGCGUCAAGCUGACGCUGGAUCUGGCCAUCGGUACGACCUCGGAGAUCGAGACGGAUGACCAUGGCAAGAUCACGGAUCUGGUGCAGAAGGUCAAGGAUUUGAAUGGGAGGUUGAUGGAUAUUAAGAGGGAGCAGCUGUUUCAGCGUGAGCGUGAAGCCGAAUUCCGCGAUCAAUCCGAAGCCACCAACUCCCGCGUCGUGCGCUGGACCCUCAUCCAGCUCGCCGUCCUGGGUAUCACAUGCGCGUGGCAACUCUCUCAUCUGCGCUCCUUCUUCAUCAAGCAGAAGCUUACCUAGACGCUUCCCUCUCAGCUGGUUGUCUGUCUGUUUGACGAAAAACUACUUUAAUGGUGCCGGGGAUAGAUUGAUAGAAUGAAGAUGGGAGGGAGGCAGAAGAAGGAAAGGGAGGAAGAGGAGGGGGGAGAAUAGGCGGUGGUGGCAGUGGUGGUAGUGGUGGUAGAACGACGCGCGGAACGUGGGUAAUGAGCAACGCAUACCGGGCUUUUUCCAAAAUAGGGGUGUUUUACAUAUGUAUCUGGGUUAUCUGUCUAUCAUCGGACGGUCGGUGGCCGUGGUCUCUUGUAACUUUUGAGCAGCAUUUUUCUCAGAAACAUGAAGGAAAGGAAAUUCGAAAAAUAUAACUACUAGAAAUAAGUCAUCUUGUUUAUCGUU